AUGGGAUGCGACUGCUGCGGCCCUCCGGCCUCAGCUGCGGAGCUGGUCACUGCUGAGACGCCUCCUCCAAGCGAUAUCGGAAGUUGCAAGGAUGCUUGCUGUGAUGAAGAGGACGUUGCAACUGAAGUCAAGGAGGAAGAGCCAGCCAACAAAGAAUUGGCUGAUGACUGUUGCGCUUCUGGUAGCUGUGAGGAGCAAAAUAAAGAUGAUGCGCCGGACUGCUGCCGCGGAAAAACAAGCCCCUGCUGCAAUGCUUCUUGCAUUGACCGUAUCGCCAUGCGAGAGUGCGAGCUAAGUGCUACUCACAAGCCGGAUGCAACGGGUUGCGGCAGCUCUAGCUCCAGCUGCAAUGGCGCAGCUGACGGCAAAGCAUGCAGCAAGCACAGUCUUUCUGCUCUCGACCGCUAUGGUGCAACUCUGAAGGCACUCGGAUGUAUCUGCCGCGCUCUCAUUGCUCUGGGUCAAGAGUCUUGCUGUGAGACCAAAGGCCGCCCGGCUAUCACCAAGCAAUGCUCCAAGAAGUCGUCUUCCCGCUCUCUGAUCCGCACCUCAACGGACUCUUGCUGCAGCACCGGCUCUGUUGCGAAAGAAAAGGCUGCAGAGAACCGUCUUCGCUUGCGAAAGGGUUCCACCAAGAGUGUCAGGUCCGCCAAACAGCCGUCUGUCAAGGAGAGCUGCACUAAGUCGUGCUGUUCAGUUGGCAAUCCCAACAAAGAAGCGGCAUCUAAGAAGUGUGCCAAAUCAUGUUGUUCAGAGGAAGAUGCCAAACUCAAAUGCGCAGAGUUCAAACCCGUCAAAGAAAAAGACAAGGACGGCUGUCUGGAUGGAUGUUGUUCCAAGAAGGCUGCACCCAAGAGCCAACUCAUCGAAAAGAGUUGUGCCAGUAACUGCUGCAGCGAUGGCGAGCUUUCCAAGAAAGCUGUUGAAAGCGAUGGAUGUCCCGAUAAAUGCUGCACCACUCAGCCCAAAGAGUCCUCUACUGCCAAUAGUGGAUUGAUGGUUGAAACUGCGAAGAGCAACUGCGCAAAGUCCUGCUGCGACGAGGAAAUAGCAGCGAUUGUCAAGGAGCUGCCCAAGUCUACAUGCGUCAGUUCCUGCUGCAAGCCAGCCGAGAAAAUUGUUACCAAAUCUUCCGACAGUUGUGCCGAUUCCUGCUGCGAGAAGGCUCCGUCUGUCACUUGUCGAGACUCCCCCCCAGAUGCUUGUUGCGUUUCUGCGACACCCGAGAAGGGAACGAAGAUCGAAGCAAUCCACAGUCCUGAGGAUGUGGAGAAUCAGGCAACAGGAAAAGAACAUGUAGUUCUGAGUAUCUCCGGCAUGACAUGCACUGGCUGUGAGACCAAGCUCAACAGAACUCUCGCUACAGUUCCAGCAGUCAAUGAUCUGAAGACCAGUCUCGUUCUCUCACGCGCCGAGUUUAACAUCGAUCUUCGUCUCGGUUCAGUCGAUGAGGUUAUCAAGCAUCUUGAGCGAACGACUGAGUUCAAGUGUGAAAGACUUCAGACGAAGGGGUCUAGCUUGGACUUCAUCGUCUAUGGCAGCACGUCUACUUUCAUAGGUCAGGUAUGGCCCGAGGGAGUUCUGGAAAUGAGCCUUGUGGAUAAGGAUACUGUUCGAGUCUCCUUUGAUCCUGAGAUCGUUGGAGCACGGGACCUUGCUGAAAGAUCUUGGGACCCUCCAGUCAAGCUUGCGCCUCCCCGUGGUGAUUCGUCACUUGAAACUGGUAGUAAACAUGUUCGCCAUGUUGGGUACACUACCCUCUUAUCUGCUGUUUUAACAGUUCCUGUUCUGGUCAUGGCUUGGGCUCCGCUUCCUGAGAGAGAGGUCGCAUACUCUUCGGCUUCUCUGGCCUUAGCCACCAUUGUUCAGGUUGUGGUUGCUGGGCCUUUCUACCCGAAAGCUAUCAAGGCUUUAGUCUUUUCUAGAGUCAUUGAGAUGGACUUGUUGAUUGUUCUGAGCACAAGUGCAGCCUACGUCUUCUCAGUUGUUUCAUUCGGAUACCUCAUUGCUGACGAGCCCCUUUCGACUGGCCAAUUCUUCGAAACUUCUACUCUGCUGGUGACUUUGAUCAUGGUUGGUCGGUGGGUUGCAGCACUUGCUCGACAGAAGGCAGUUGAAUCCAUCUCUAUCCGAUCACUCCAAUCAUCAACCGCUAUUCUCGUCGAGGAAAAAACAGGCACGGAACGUGAAAUUGACGCCAGGCUUCUUCAGUACGACGAUGUCUUUAAGGUUCUGCCAGAUACUAGGAUCCCGACAGAUGGAACAGUCAUAAGUGGUUCGUCCGAAGUCGAUGAAUCGAUGCUUACAGGCGAGUCCAAGCCGGUGGAGAAGCAUUUCAAGAGUGUUGUCAUUGCAGGAUCUAUCAAUGGCCCAGGAGUCAUGACAGUUCGCCUAAGUCGCUUGCCUAGUGACAAUACCAUCAAUGCGAUUGCUGCCAUGGUUGAUGAAGCCAAGCUAUCAAAGCCCAAGCUACAGGAUCUAGCAGACCGAGUGGCCUCAUAUUUCGUCCCUGUGGUUGUGGCGUUAACCACUAUCACUUUCGUUAUUUGGGUUGCAAUUGGCAUAACGGUUCGUGGUUAUGGUGGCUCGAAGGCAACAACCGAGGCGAUCACCUACACCAUUGCUGUUCUUAUCGUAUCCUGCCCUUGUGCGAUCGGACUGGCAGUCCCAAUGGUCAUAGUUAUCAUGAGCGGAGUGGCCGCAGAAAGAGGUAUUAUCUUCAAGUCUGCAGAUGCUAUCGAAGUUGCUCACAAGACAUCUCAUGUUGUUUUUGACAAGACUGGAACCUUGACUCAGGGGAAGCUUUCUGUCGUUGCAAAUGAGUUUGUCGAUGGAAGUACUAUUCCUCUCCUUUUGGGCCUAAUCGAGAGCAGUCGUCAUCCAGUCUCCAUAGCUGUGACGGGCUACCUCAAGGAUAUUGGAGUUGAACCUUCGGCUGUGGGUGAGCCGAAGAGCCUGACCGGUAAAGGCGUCGAAGCAGUUGUGAAGGGUCAGAGGCUGAAAGCUGGAAACUCCACCUGGCUCAAUCUCUCGGAUGAUCCUCUUGUUCAGCCCAUGCUUUCUCAAGGUCAUACCGUCUUUUGUUUCACAAUCAACGACAAGUUGCAGGCUGUGUACGGUCUUCAAGACGAGCCUCGAAAGGAUGCCUUUGCAACGGUUGAAGCCCUGCACAUGCGAGGCAUUUCAGUUCAUGUGGUUUCUGGCGAUGAUGAUGCAGCUGUUCACAACCUGGCUUCAAAGCUGAGCAUCCCACAAGAAAACGUCCGCUCCCGAACUUCGCCUGCCGGAAAACGAGACUAUAUCCAGGCUCUCCUCGGUACUUCCGCAGAUCGCAAGAAACCAGUUGUCGUCUUCUGCGGCGACGGUACAAACGAUGCAGUAGCUCUCGCCCAAGCCACCGUUGGCGUCCACAUGAACGAAGGCACAGACGUAGCCCAGUCCGCAGCCGACGUAGUCCUCAUGCGACCCGCUCUAAGUGGCAUUGCCACUAUGAUAGACGCGAGUCGAAAGUCUGUCAACCGCAUCAAGUUCAAUUUCUGUUGGAGCUUCGUAUACAACACAUUCGCCGUUCUUCUCGCUGCUGGUGCAUUUGUGAAUGCGAGGAUCCCCCCUGAGUAUGCAGGUCUUGGAGAACUGGUGAGCGUUUUGCCGGUUAUUCUUGCGGCUGUGCUUCUGCGCUGGUCGAAGAUCUAG